AUGGCUUCCUGGUCAACUGCGGACGUUCCAACCCAGAGCAGUUCGAGUGCCAACUGGGCAACGGGCGGGCUUACCAUCCCUCAAGCUCCGACCCAAGAGAGAAUGUACAAGAACAAGUUCACGGCUUGGAAAUGGUCCAAAAAUCUGACCCAGGAGAAGGCCUCUUGGAUGGCCGCGAAGAUCGAAGCACGACAGCCCAAAGAAACAGUUUUCUCCCACAGACAUCAAACGUGGACUAAGGAGAGCCUUGAACGGAAAUUUGGACAGGAUUUGCAGAGACGGCCUGUAGACUGUCCGACUCCAAACGGCAUCACUUACCAGACACCCUUAUCACCCAAUGAGAGUCUGCAGAUGUCCUACUCCACUGCAUCCAGGUCACCUGCUCCGGGAAUUGAAGAAGUUGUGCAGCCUAUUUUCUAUCUCGACAAAAAGCCGCUCCGCUUCCAUCUGGUCCGUCCAACGGUACCCGAUCUGCGAAACUUGCUCGACGACGCCUCCCGUGCAGCGUCUGCCAAAAACUAUGUCAAGGCAGAUGCAGAUUUUCGAGAAGCAGUCUCAGGAUUUCGCUUUUUGCUGUCACCGACCCACGAAGAAACUCUCAGGGCUGGAUACGAGUAUGCUUCCUUCUACGCCAAGUCUGGCAACAUGGACAAGGCAGACGAAGUGUUGGACUGGAUGUCAGAAAACCAUGUCUCGAAAUGGCACCAUGGGCAUGAAAAUACCUGCCUCCACUAUUCGCGCAUGGCAAAGCUGUUUCUAGAUUGGGGUCGCCAGGAAGAUGCCGAGACUCUGGUGUAUAAGAUCUUGGAUGGUACGGGGGAUUAUAUUACCGGGGUGCUCCGUUCAGGAUCCCAGCACCGGCACUCAGUUGCAGAUAUUGACCUCGAGCAAUCAUUCCUAGAGACAGACGAUUCCGAGUCGAUGAGGCGUCAGCUCGAAAAAUUAGAUCUCGCCAUCACGACAGGCAUUACAGGACUUGAUAACAUUCUCGAGGUUAUUCUCAAGCAAUGUGAAAACCAUCCGGACGAUAUGCUCCAGCGGCCAGUCGGAGCGACACGGCGACGACCAGCAGGAAGCGCUCGCACACUUUUCACUUCGGCCGUUCCCAAGCACUAUGUCGACCUUCCACCGACCUACGAAGACGACGUCGGACUCCCGUUUCGGCGGGGCGGCGACCUGGAGCGACAGCAGGUGGCAGAGAUAUUCGGAGUGGGGAUGAACCCCGCAGUGGCAAACCGACUGCUGCGCAUUCUUCACGGUCGACGAGUAGCCGGCACGCUGGACGACCCGGCAUAUCGCGUGAACACGGCACGGUAUCCGCAAGCAGAGAUCGACGCGGCGCUGGCAUAUCUUCGACGGACGGUGCCGGUGGACGAGGUGAUCAACGCGGGCCUGCGGGCAGAAGACGAGCUGGCCGAGCUGGAGCAGGGCGAGAGCGAGGAGACGACAGAGGCGGAGACAGAGGAAACAGCAGAAGAUGGACAUGCGUCUGGGAGGAAGAAGGCGCUGCAGAGCCUGACAGAACACAAAUGGCGGGCGCGGCUGUUCCGCGAGGCGCCGUCGGACGAGGUGUACGGCAUGGGGGCAUUUGACGCGAUUCGGGCGCGCAACCGACUGAAGGAGGAAGAGCGCGAGCGGCUGCGACAGGCGGAGCAGAAGCUGCGGGAAGAGGAGGAGGCGAAGCUGGCGGCGUCACGAGGGGGAGGCCGCGGGCUGGAGCGGGUGGACGGCUCGAGCAGCAGCAGCAGCAAUGGCGGUCGCUUUGGGCUGCGAAUACCAGACCGCGAGAUGAGCCCACAGAUGCAAAAGUGGGCCGUUGCAGCGACAUCACCGCUACAGGAAGCGCCGACGAUGUCGUCGUGGCAGCGGCUAUGGCCGUCGACGCUGUUUGUGGUGUCGCUGGUGGUGGGUGGCGGCGUGGUGGCGAGCGUGUACGAGCCGCCGGCCGAGGAGCAGCGGCUGGUGCCAGGACUAUCAUCAGCGACGACGACCGUAUUGGGACUGGUGGCGGCUAACGUGGCUGUGUGGCUGCUGUGGCGCGUGCCGCCAGCCUGGCGGCUGCUCAACCGCUACAUGAUCGUGGUGCCGGCCACGCCGCGGCCUCUGAGUCUUGUUGGUGCCAUGUUUUCGCACCAGAAGACGAGCCACCUGCUGGCCAACGUGGCCUUUGUCUGGUUUAUUGGCUUGCGGCUGCACGACGAGAUCGGCCGGGCCGCCUUUCUCGAGGUCUACUUCGCCUCGGGCGCGCUCGCCUUUCUCGCCAGCAUGGCUAACAUCGUCCUGCGCAACAACCUGCACCUGACGACGCUCGGCGCGUCCGGCGCCAUCUACGGUAUCACCACAGCCUACUUUAUGCUGCACAAGUUCGAGGGCUUCAAGAUCCUCGGCCUGCCGCCCGAUCCCUACGGCGGCAUCCAGGGCCUCGGCUUCAUCGGCCUCAUGCUCGGCCUCAACCUGCUCACCCUGCGCGCCGAGAAGCAGGCCAUCGACGUCGUCACCCACUUCGCCGGCAUGGCCGUCGGUGCCCUCUUCGGACAGUACUUUAGCCUCGUGCGCGACGAGCAGGUCCGCGCUGCCACCGAGAACCGCCCGCCGCGUCGGCUCUGGGCCGUCUUGACUGACGGCGAUGCUGCCCGCGUGCAGCCCGUGGCCGAGAAGUGA